AGCCAGGUGGCCAUCUGUGACGGCAGCUUCACUAUUCCAGACAACUCCCGCUACUCCCAGGACAUGCACUGCCUCAUCAGUGAGUAGCCAUCCUCCCCAUCACCUUAUACUCACUGGUCUGUUUUUUUAUCUGUGUGAGAGAGUCAAGGCUCUGUCUUUCUUUUCUGGCUCUGUUUUUCUCCUCUGUGCCCUUUCUCUCUUUCACAGUCCAAGUAUUUUAGUCCAAAGAGAGAAAUAUAUCAUUACCAACCAUAUAUUUUUUUCCAUUCAUCAGGAUACAUGCUGGAGCCUGACCCUGAGAAGAGACCAGAUAUCUACCAAGUGUCCUACUUCGCCUUCAGGCUGGCCAGGAUGGAAUGCCCCAUCCAGAAUGUACAUGUAAGUCACCUCACCUUCAGAAAUGACAACAGGUCUAGAAAAUCUCCCUUGAGACAAAGUUACAACCAAAUAAUUAAAAGGGUCAUAAUGUAGAGGACCUUUUAACUUUAUCUGAUUUGUUACCUUGUUCUUUCCUAAUGCCAGGUGUAAAUAAAUAAUUGAAAGUAAGAGAUGAUAUGUAAGGCACUGUACAUUUUAUUAAGAUGUUUUAUUUAAGUCUAAUCGUUUUGGAAAGCAACAUAAGUGUAGUGCAAAAUGCCAGAAGAUGGGGGAGCAGGGAGCUUUGUGGUUGUUGCCAGAUGGCUUCCCUCCAUCCCCUAGGCCCCUUUGCUAUGCAUUGAUGGAGCAAUGUCAGCACUCAAUCAUCUGACACAGCACAUUUCAGACCACAUUCCCAGAGCGGCAUCAAAGUGGACAUUCAAGGCCGGUUCAUGAAAUCUGUAACUGAUCAUUAAAUUGCUGCAAUCAUGUGUCAUGCAGAAGUUAUAAUGAUAAAGGGUUCUUGUUCCCGCUCUGUGACAAAACGUUUAUACUAGAAAUCUGAGUGAAGCUAAUUGAUUUUAAUUGGGUAAUAUAUCUAAGCAUAGUACUGUACUCUUCUCACCUUCUUAGAACUCCCCUAUUCCUACAAAACUCCCCGAACCAAUCAGAGCCAGCGAAGCUGUGGCCAAAAAGAGUCAAUCCAAAGCCAGGUGAGUGAGGAGCAUGAGUAUCUGGGCUUUUUUAUAGUUAGAGAUGUCAAGCUCCGGCAAUGAAAACCUGCCCUUCCUGUCCCCUUCCAGGCUCACAGACCCCGUACCCACAAUGGAAACCUCCAUCGCACCCCGUUCACGGCCCAAAGCUGGAGGGGCCCAGCCCAUAGGCAUCCUGCCCAUCCAGCCGGCCCUCACACCACGCAAGAGACCCAACGUGGCUGCAGGAGGGCCCCAGCCCAUAGGUACGAAUACAGUACCCUCUAUACCACCUCUGUUUCUCAAAGCUUGAACCAUAAGGAUCUGAUGAUGUGGUGAGCUGAGGCCUGCUAAUAGUGAAAGUCUCUUAUCCUGUAACAAAACACUCACCAAGAUAGGCAUCCUGUAUUGAGCUUGACGUAUUGAAAUGUUCCACAUCUUUGGCUGACAUAACAUGUCCUUGUAAUCCCAGUGGUUCAAUUUGUCCAGCCGGACAAGUCUUUAAUAGUCUAUUAAUGAGCCCUUGGUGACAUUCAUAGUCUAUCUGUCCAUAUGCUUGAAUAGAGACGGAUAGGAGCUUCAAGCUUGUCUGUUUCAGUCAAUUGUUAUCAAGUCACCCUUACACUUCAGCUCCACUAUACGCUUUGCUUUGUUUUGCCAUCAGCGUCGCGUCAAUGUGAAGUUUUACCUACUACACACAGUGCCAUGUUUUGAGAGCGUAGAGGAGCAGAGAGGAAGAGUCUCUUUAUUCUAUUUUCCUGUACUGUACCAUAAUUAUUGAUUAUGCGUAAGUACAAUAGCUUUGGUUCAGUUUUUGGCAAGUACUCAUUCAAUUAUUGCUAGGGGUUGUACUAAAUUAUCCUUUAAUUUCACAAGUUGCUUUUGUUUACAUUGUGAAUAUAGUCAUAAUGAGUUUCUGCUAGCUAGUAGCUUCUUGACUUCAUAAAUCUGGAUAAGAGCCUCUGCUAAAUGACUAAAAUGUAAAUGUAAAUCUUAGUAAAAUAACCAGUGGUGUAUAGUCAAGGCCAUAUACAACCAAAAUCAACUUUAUUUCAAUUCACAAGAUAGAAUUGAACCGCAGCGAUUCUUGAUCUUGGACGCUGCCAUUGGACAUGACGCAACGCGAGCGCGACACGGGCAGUAAAGCAGCUUUCAUUGAUUUCAAAAGAAGCAUUCCCUCAAUGGCUGAUGGCAAUGCCUGGUCACCCAGUGGCUGUAGUUUAGCAGGGCUGUUACAAGACAACCAUCUUCACUGUAUUAUAGGUGUUUUAGGCGCUGCCCAUCCUGCUGCUGCUGUCCAAUCAGUUCAGCAGGCACCUACUGCACAGGCCACACCCCCACUGUCUCAGACCACCUCUUCGCAACCCAUGGCCACGCCCCAGCAUCAGCAGGGUCUCUUCAUGAAGCAGCAGGUGGCAGACUUUUUCAGCCCACAGCAGCAAGUCAACCAGGUGGGCAUACAGUAUUUCAUAUUAGUCUACUAAAGGCACUAUUUAUUACCUUAUGUUGAUAAUCUUGUUGCCAUUUGCCAAUAAUAUCAAGUAAUUUCACUGCAAUAUUCCAUUUACUUUGUCUCUCAAUAGUAUUAGUAGGAGACUCCUUGGUCAUAAACAUGGUCCACUGUAUGCUCGUGCUGUGUAUGUAAGGAUGCCAUUGUUUGUUUUGUAUCCAUUUAUUGUCUUCCAACUUUUGUUUCUAUGCAGAGUGCACUUUUAGCAGGACCUUGUGGUUUUGGAUUCAAUUGAAUCAAACGGAAUAACUUUAUUGACUUUGCAGAAACUCCCCUCUGAUGUGUUAAACCAGUUCACCACAUGUCAAGUUUCAUGAACAACACAGGUCUCAGAAGGGUAUUUACAUGUGGGGAACUGGUUUGCACUUCUCAGAGCAAUAACGAAUCCCAGACUGGGCCAAAUGAGACAGUAGGGAGAGGUUUUCCUGAACACUGGUUGUGUUUUUCCCACCAUCCUAUCCCUAAGCAGCAUCAGCUGGUGCAGACCCUCUACAAACGGCAGCAGCAGCAGCCUCCCAUGCUGCCCCCCCAGGGCUCUGUGGCUGUGCAGCCCAAAGCUAAUCCUGCGGCUCCAGUUGCUCCUCUGCAGCCACCAACCGGCCCUGUGCUCCCCUACCCCCAAACAGCAGCUCCCCCUCCAUCUCAGCCUGCACCUGAUUCCGACUCUGACUGUGACUCUGAGCCCAUGGUAACCGCCCUCCCCUCCGGCAGCAUGCUGUGCUUUGGGACAGGGGGGCUAACGGGCCCUCUCCUUCUGUCUGGGGCCUUCGAAUCUAGCUAAUCACCGAACACUGACUUUGUAUGCAUUCUACAUUUGAAUUGGAUUAGUUCCCUUUGAAAUAACUGCAUGUUUUAUUGAUCUGUGUUAACAAUGAUGUAGAAAUACUUGCUCUUGGAUUGGUCUUGUAUCCUGUUGUGAGGACUGAAUGAAGCAAAAGUAAACAUGAAUGCUGUAAUAAGGUGCAUACAAACAAUGUAAAGAAGGUCAUCUUUGAAUCUUUUUAGUAAUUCUUUCAAACAUCAAAGUCAGAUAUUUCAUGCUUUGCAUAGUGUUCAAAGAUAUCAAACCAAAAAGAUUAGAUUUAGAAGCUGUCUGGCUGCUUUUCCUUUCACUAUGGUUAUAGUGUCUAAGGUUGUCAUGAAACAUCUCUGUCCCUGGAACCUGUCACCACUCAGUUGUCUCUUUUUAAUUUGUGUGUUUUGUUAUUUAUUCUUCUAAAUCUUCUAAAUCCAAUCUCUCAACAAAAACAUUUGAAUCAAUAACUGAUCAUCCUAAAGACCAUCCAUUGGUGCUUUGCCAUUAAUCAACCAUGUCUUUCCACUAACCAGUAGAAUGUGUUUCAAUGUGGUUUUGCAAUCGUUCUGUAUUUUGGGAUGCAAUGAAAAUAAUAUCCUCUUAGAGAAUGGCUAAUCAACUUGUAUCAACCUGUAAUUUUCUUCCUUCUCUCCCUGAUUUUCAUAUUCAUUGUGAUAUAACUCUCUCUCUUUCCUCCCCAGCCUCUGGCCUCUGGCCGUGGGCUCCACAAGGUUGGCUCCCUGACGCCCCCCUCCUCCCCAAAGAUGGCCCCCCGGGGUGGCCACAGGCGCAUCCUGAGCGACGUCACCCACAGUGCUGUGUUUGGGGUCCCAGUCAGCAGGUCCACCCAGCUACUGCAGGCAGCUGCAGCCGAGGCCAGCCUCAACAAGUCCAAGUGAGCUGAAUUAACUCAUCUCAAUUAACUAAUAAUCAACUGUCCAAUUAUUCCAAUAACACAGAGAGAGAGAGAUGCAGGCCAAUAAAUAUACAACAGAGAACCAUAUAAACACCCCCUUUAUAGCCCAGUUUAACACAGCAAUAAACCGUCUAUUCAAUCUACAAUGAACUCAAUAGACUUUUUAAUCACCCAUAUUUGCUUACAUGCUCUAUAUUUGGCACAGACUCGUUUGUACAUAAGAUAAAUGAGAUGGAUGAUUUCCACUGUAACCGUUGUGUUUCCAUAUGUUUGUUGUAGGUCAGCCAGCACCACCCCCUCUGGCUCCCCCUGCUCCUCCCAGCAGAGUGUGUACCAGCCAGGUGAGGGCGGUGCCCAGACAGCUCCCUAUGCACCCACUGGCAGCUGGAACCCAUUUGGUGAUGACAACUUCUCCAAGCUCACUGCCGAGGAGCUACUCAACAAGGACUUUGCCAAGCUGGUCGAGAGUAAGACCACAAUGUCCAGUCGGUGUAUAUGCGUCUACAAGUGCAAUGGAUAGUUGGUAGAUGGGUAAAUGAACAGAGGUGAUGUUUUCUAAUUGUGUAUGUCUUUAUGACAGCUACAACAGGGGAGAGGGCCAGCCUCUCCACAGAGAACCUCAUUCCAGGGCUGCAGCCUGUCUCUGCUGCUUGUGCCACAGGCAAGGCUUUCCCAGGUAAGGCUGUCCAUGUGUUCACCAGCCCUCCUCUCUCCUUGUGUCAUGAAUACGUUAUUAUCCCUCCCUCAUUUCUACAUAUGUGUUGUCCUCAUGUGUUUUUAGGUGUUGGCUUCUUCUCUGUAAAUCUUUCUUUAAGACAAAUAUUUCCUCCCUUUUUCCUCGUUUACAAUGUAUCCAAUAUUGGUUUGUGUAGUUGUUGGUUUAGCUUCUGUAACUUUGUACCAACUACGGUCUACAUGUGCAGUGCUUUUAUAUUGUGUCAUGAUUAGAUGUUGCGUAUAUCAGUCCCAGAGACAUCCAACUGUCCCAUAUAUAUAAUUGUAAUGCCCUUCUAGCCAUUAUAAUAAUGGCCAUUAAUAUGGAGUUGGUCCCCCCUUUGCUACUAUAACAGCCUCCACUCUUCUGGAAAGGCUUUCCACUAGAUGUUGGAACAUUGCUGCGGGGACUUGCUUCCAUUCAGCCACAAGAGCAUUAGUGAGGUCGGCACUGAUGUUGGGCGAUUAGGCCUGGCUUGCAGUCAGCGUUCCAAUUCAACCCAAAGGUGUUCGAUGGGGUUGAGGUCAGGGCUCUGUGCAGGCCUGUCGACAAACAAUUUCUGUAUGGACCUCGCUUUGUGCACAGGGGCAUUGUCAUGCUGAAACAGGAAAGGGCCUUCCCCAAACUGUUGCCACAAAGUUGGAAGCACAGAAUCGUCUAGAAUGUCAUUAUAUGCUGUAGCAUUAAGAUUUCCCUUCACAGGAACUAAGGGGCCUAGCCCGAACCAUGAAAAACAGCCCCAGACCAUUAUUCCUCCUCCACCAAACUUUACAGUUGGCACUAUGUAUUCGGGCAGGUAGCAUUCUCCUGGCAUCCGCCAAACCCAGAUUCGUAUGUCGGACUGCCAGAUGGUGAAGCGUGAUUCAUCACUCCAGAGACCAAUGGCGGCGAGUGUACACCACUCCAGCCGACGCUUGGUAUUGUGCAUGGUGAUCUUAGGCUUAUGUGCAGCUGCUCGGCCAUGGAAACCCAUUUCAUGAAGCUCCCGAUGAACAGUUAUUGUGCUGACGUUGCUUCCAUAGGCCGUUUGGAACUUGGUAGUGAGAGUUGCAACCGAGUGUUGCAGACAAUUUUUGUCGGUCCCGUUCUCUGAGCUUGUGUGGCCUACCACGUCGUGGCUGAGACGUUGUUGCUCCGAGAUGUUUCCACUUCACAAUAACAGCACUUACAGUUGACCGGGGCAGCUCUAACAGGGCAGAAAUUUGACGAACUGACUUGUUGGAAAGGUGGCAUCCUAUGACGGUGCCACAUUGAAAGUCACUGAGCUCUUCAGUACGGGCCAUUCUGCUGCCAAUGUUUGUAUAUGGAGAUUGCAUGGUUGUGUGCUUGAUUUUAUACACCUGUCAGCAACUGAAAUAGCUGAAUCACAAAUUUCAAGGGAUGUCCACAUACUAGUGUAUGUCCUAUAUCUCAUGUUCCUUAAAUCCAUUGUUUAUAUAAUGACUCUGAGAUGACAUGGCUUUGCUCUGUAGUCCUGUUGUCCCUGUCCUGUUAGUAUAUAAAUAAUAUGCCAUUUAGCAGACGCUUUUAUCCAAAGCGACUUACAGUCAUGCGUGCAUAAUUUUUUUUGUGUAUGGGUGGUCCCAGGGAUCGAACCCACUACCUUGGCGUUACAAGCGCUGUGCUCUUCCAGCUGAGCUACUGUUAGCACAGUAAACGCACUCAUUGAUUCCCUUUCAGCUCCUAUGAAUAGAGACCUUAGCUGGAUCGCCUAAUACUUGUGGAUCCGUGCCUCUAACUGCACUGUUGGCUGCUUACCGGAAGGACAUAUUCUACUUUGUUAAUUGGAUUGCUGUACUGUAGCCUACCUCUGGAGGUGCCUGCUUUAGAAUGCCUCUGUCACUGUGAAAAGUGGGAAAGUUUAGCAUCACAUCUGAGCUCUUCCUUCAGUUGGUAGUUGACUGCUUUUCCAAAUGGCUCAGGAGCAAUACACUGUCCUCAGUUUGUUUUAGCUCAGUCUGGUCUGUGCAAAGGCCCACAGAGUGGCUGCAGUGACAGUCGAACAGUCAGUGGGGACUGAGACUGAGCUAAGGAGAUAAAAGGCUGCAUGUGGCUGUUACAUAAGCAGGGUGUGGUUAAUCUUCUCUGUCCUCUCCUCACUCACAUACAGUCUUCUACACAGGCACUGAGAGAUAGAGAACACUGAGGAUUUACUUGCAGCACAGCACAGGUACAGUCCACAACAGGAGCUGCAUCACUGCUGUUGGGAGAGCACUGCACAGUGUCUGCAGAAGUUCACAUAGCCACAGGCCAGAUGUAAAGCCCACCAAGCCUGUUACGCCACAGCAUAUUUCAGAAGGGAUGGUCAUACUAUCUAGUCUAGUUAUUCAAUUCUCAUAAUAUGUAAUUCUUAAAUGGGAUUGGAAAGAGAACCAGUUUCCUCACAGAUCAGUGCAUGCUGCUGUCAUAUGGUGCCAAAAGAGGAGUACACCAGAGCCAUACAUCUAGAUAUGGCUCUGGAAUACACAGCCUUUGUGUCAUAGCAGUUUGUUAGCAUUGACCUACGACCUAUGACCUUUAUCCCUUAGUGAAGGGGGCAAAUGGGCAGCUGUGCUGUGUCAUAUUCUGAGCCCACACCCCCCCAAGGUCCUCUGCGCCCCGGUCCCCCCAUAGCAGCCAGUCACCUGUAAGUAUGUAUGGAGAGGAGGUUUUGACCCAGAAGAUACUCUCACGCGCAUGCACCUGGUUUGCACUCAGUCUGUUUGGAUGUACUAACCUGCUGGAGAGGCACAUAUCCUGAAGGCAGUCCUCCUGCUUUGUCUGUGACACAGACCUGGCACACCCAUAAAGCUGACUUAACAAGGAUACCAUCAGUCAGGUAGUGCUGGGUGAUCCAACACUUGUUCAGUGAUGAAAGUGGAGAAUAGUCAUGUAAGGACAGUCAGUGAUGUAGGCCUAGUCUGUGGAAUGGUGUUAUGGUAGCUAACCCCUGGUAUGUUUUUGUAUAGGCUGACAUUUUGCUCUUUGAGACUAUUUGGCGAUGCUUGUCUGCCAUAUUGAAAUGAAUCUGUCAACUAAUGACCAAAUACAGAUGAAAUACUGACACUAGCUGCUAGGGGUUUGUCUUUGUCUCCAUGUCUUGGUUUGAUUGGAUGUGUUGAUGGUUUAAGACUAGCAGGGUACACACUCCCUUUGAAGGCAUGCUGUUUCGCUCCACUACCAGUUUGAAAUGAAUGGUAUUAAUAGAGUGGGCCCAGCUGAAAUAAACCUCUCCUCUACUCAAGCAUGGUCUGUGACCUCUAUCACACUAGGAUUGAUUUAGUAUUUUCCUCAUCUUUUUAUGCCCCUCUGCUGAAUAGGAAAGCAAGAGGGAUAGGGCUGCCUCAUGGCAAAACAUGACUCAGCCAAUAGAAUAAUGACAAAUCCAAGAACUAACAGUUACUACCCCUUGUGAGCGUUACCCUUUACCAACUAAUGCUCACCUUGAUGUAAUAAUUAAUUACCAUGUUCUCAGUGGGACCUAAAUGAGCCUUCAUCUCUUGUUUCCUUGCCUCCCCUUUUCUCCCUCUAUUCCUACUUUGCAAAUGCAUAUUCUCCCUUCCUUUCCUCUCUAUUUCUAUGCCUUUCUCCCACCCGGUCCUCCCUCUCCUCUCCUCUUUCCGUCCCUCUGUUUGGAUGGCUCACAGAGAAACUGAUUGAGGGACUGAAGUCCCCCGAGACUUCGCUGCUGCUCCCUGACCUUUUACCCCUGGCUGACCCCUUCAGCAGCUCUGGAGAGGGCAACAGCAAUGGUAUCAGGCUCUCCUGACUGCCUGUCUGUCUAUCUCUGUCUGUGUGCCUGUCUGUCUGUCUCUGUCUGUCUGUCUCUGUCUGUCUGUCUGCCUGACUGCCUGUCUGUCUGUCUGCCUGACUGCAUGUCUGUCUGUCUCUGUCUGUGUGCCUGACUGCAUGUCUGUCUGUCUCUGUCUGUGUGCCUGUCUGUCUGUCUCUGUCUGUGUGCCUGACUGCAUGUCUGUCUGUCUCUGUCUGUGUGCCUGUCUGUCUGUCUCUGUCUGUGUGCCUGACUGCCUGUCUCUGUCUGUGUGUCUGUCUGCAUGUCUGUCUCUCCCGUCUCUCCCCUUCCUGUAUCCUGUAUGUAUGCUUCUGGUUGUUUAUGAACUCAAAUCAGUCUCAUAUACUUUAUCUGGAGCUGGAGCUUUUUUUAUUCCCUCUGUCCUUCUCAUUCAUUUACUUCUCAUUCAUUUCUUUAUCUGACUAUCUCUCCUGUUCCAUUUUCAGCAGCAGCGAAGGCUGAGAUGUAUGUGGACUCUCUGAUCCCAGGUCUGGAGACAGUCUCAGCCAGCCUGCCAGGUUAGUGCCCAAUACCUUACUGUUCUUACCGCUCCUCUGUAUCAGCCUUGAUUUAUAGGUAGUAUUAUUGCCAUACAUCAGUUGGCUUGCAUGAAUGAACACACAGCUCUGUGUGUGAGGCCACAAUGCAUUGGGAUAACACAGAGGGAUUUGCCUUCACUAAGAUUGAGUGUUAUUUCUGCCAUCAACGUCAUACAGGGAUAUCACUCUUGAUUCAGGAGCUUUGUUGUGGUUUCCUUUGUUUUAACUAUUGCUUAGUGUUGAAAGGAUCAGGUCAUUUAUCUGUAGCCUGCGCAAACUCACCCUGCCAGGCUAUGCUGACAGGUUUGCCUUCACCAAAAUAAUUCCCUGUCACCAUUUUUUUAUUGCUGUGGAAUGGUUGUGACAGCAGGCGUCUCGGUUUGUUGCAAUGAUCCGUUACUAUGACGUACUCUUAAGGGUGAACAGGAAAACAUUUGCAGUGCACUGUUGAUUAGCAGUGCUGAUUCUGCUCCAGAUGAACAUGAGCACAGUGUGAAUGUUUGUGUAAUGGCUGACAUUCCCUGCAGCCAGUGAAAGUAGGCUGGAGCUGGGGACAAGGCAGCUACUGCUGAGCAAUAGAGCGUGUCUGCUGCCCCUGGGUUUGACCUCUCCACAUCACGCAGUGGGCAGCUUUUCAUGCAUUGGGCAGCUUUUCACUCAGCUCAGCUUUUGGUUGUAGUGUCAAUCUGCUCCACUAGAGGGCAGUAAUGGACCAUGGUCCUGUCAUUGGUCCAACUACCACAUACAGCACAGUACCAUUACUAGUCUGGGGUUUUAGCAGGGGACUACUUUGAGGAUAAAUUUACACAGAGUAUACCAAAUAUUAGGAACGCUUUCCUAAUAUUGAGUUGUACCCCCACUUUUGCCCUCAGAACUGCCUCAAUUUGUCAGGGCAUGGACUCUACAAGGUAUCGAAAGCGUUCUACAGGCAUGCUGGCCCAUGUUGACUCCAAUGCUUCCCACAGUUGUGUCAAGUUGGCUGGAUGUCCUUUGGGUGGUGGAUCAUUCUUGAUACACAUGGGAAACUGUUGAUUGUGAAAAGUAGCGUUGUAGCUCUUGACACAAACCGGUGUACCUGACACCUACUAUCAUACAACGUUCAAAGGCACUUAAAUAUUUUGUCUUGCCCAUUCACACUCUGAAUGGCACAUGUACACAAUCCAUGUCUCAAGGCUUGAAAAUCCUUCUUUAACCUGUCUCCUCCCCUUCAUCUUCACUGAUUUGAAGUGGAUUUAACAAGUGACAUCAAUAAGGGAUCAUAGCAUUCACCUGGUCAGUCUGUUGUGGAAAGAGCAGGUGUUCUUAAUGUUUGUAUACUCAGUUUAUAUCUGAGUAAGAAGCUCAUUCAUUUUGUCUGAACUUUUUUCUGUGGGAAAAGGGUGAGCAAGCUUACUAACCUAAUGCUUUUUCUUCUGUUUGGGCUAAUGGUCUGUUUUCACUUUCUUUCCUUCUUCCUCCCUCCAUCCUAACCCCUGGUCCCUGUGCCCUGGCCUCUCCUCCCUCAGACCCUCUGGCUGGGGAGGGCUCUCUGCUGGGCUGCUCUCUGCUGUCUCACACCUCCACCCCUGGGGCUCAAACUGUCUGUGUACCCCCAUCCUCCUGCUCCUCUGCCCCCCCAGGCUCUGCCUCCUGUCUGGAUGAGCUGGCUCCUGUCUCAUUUGGCACUGCCCAGGCACCUGCUGGUAAGAUCCUCUCUCAUCAGCUGUCAUAUACUGUACACUGAGUGUACAAAACAUUAGGAACAUCUUCCUAAUAUUGAGUUGCACCUGCUUUUGCCCUCAGAACGAACAGCCUCAAUUUGUCGGGGCAUGGACUCUACAAGGUGUUGAAAGCGUUCCACAGGGAUGCUGGCCCAUGUUGACUCCAAUGCUUCCCACAGUUGUGUCAAGUUGGCUGGAUGUCCUUUGGGUGGUGGGCCAUUCUUGAUACACACGGAAACUGUUGAGCGUGAAAAUCCCAGCAAUGUUGCAGUUCUUGACACACUAAAACCGGUGCGCCUGGCUACCAUACUACUACCAUACCCCGUUCAAAGGCACUUCAAUAUUUUAUUUUGCAGGGUUCGCACAAGGUGCCAAGUACAUGAAUUUGGCACUCUGAAAUUCAAGUACAGGAAUACCUUGAAAAUCAGACAUGUUCUCAAGUUGGUACUUGCAAAGUACUUGAAUUAAAAUGAAAGGAGAACAGAAAAUUAUCAAAUAUGUUAAUGUAAAAAUUUAUUGGUCUUGCAAAUUAAUUUCCAGGCAGUCUAGAGUUUUGCGUUCUGGUUGCCAGGAGAGCUCGCUCAUUCCACCAACACUGCCACUCAGCCAGGCAGGUACAGAACUGACUGAUUAGGCGCCGCCAAAUGUCACAUCGAUAACUAAAAUGCCGGGCAAAUGUAGAUUCAACCCUGCCUGGAGGAUGUUUAUGAAUGGGUUUUGCCAGACCCAACCAGGGAUGUAGUGGAGGGGAAACACUGUUUAUGCAUCUUUCUAUUUAGGAAAUAGGGUUUACUCACCCGGAUUUACCUUGUUAGCAGCGUAUUCAUUCACUACUCUGUCCAAUGGGAAACUCCGCCCACGACAAAGGCCAAGAGGUGAAACGAACUACCUCAGGUCAGACCUACAGUUUCAAGUAGCAGAGAUGCCGCUGACAGUGGCAAUUAUUUUAACAUCCCUCGACUCCUGCCGUGUCAACAGACAUCCCCCAAACAACCCUCCCCCGGUGUACAACUGGUAAAUAGUCACUGAUAUUUCAGUCAGGUGUCUAGCUAGCUAGGUAGCUCAAGGGCUCUGGCUAUUAGCCAGGUAGCUAGCUAUAACUAGCUGGCUAGAAGGAUGAAGUUGGAGGCUAACGUUGAACGGAGCCUGACCUCAGCAGUUGACUGAAAUUAAGCUAGCUAUAAUCAAAAGAUGGGCUACUAUAAGUUAUCAUAACAAAAUACCUUUUCUUUAUAGACAGUAGUGAGACAGAGUGGUUAGUCAUUCUGCAAUGAAGGAGGCAAAGGAGAUACACAGAGAGAGGAAGCAUUGAAGCAAGCAGGGAGAGAGGUUAGUAGUACAGUGGUUCCCAAACUUGGGGUCCGGGACCCAUGUGUGUCCCCUAAAAUGUUAAAUAGGGUCCCCACAUUAAUAACUUGUUUCUCUUCAAAUGGGUAUAGAAUACAAUAUUUUAGAGUCAACUAAGGACCUUUUACACUGUCAGAAUUCACUUUCAUGUAAUUUAGUGAAAUAAAGACAAUUUAAAUAUAAAAGACAAUUGAAUAUUAUGUAUGAUGAACAGAAAUAUAAACGCAACAUGCAACAAUUUCAAAGAUUUUACUGAGUUAGAGUUCAUAUAAGGAAAUCAGUCAACAUCAUCAGCACUGACUUACCACUCAUAUAGUAAAUAAGUAGUGAAACGCUUAUUAUUGAGUAGAACUUGUAAGGGAGUGAUGACUGCAACUAGAAACAAUUGCAUAAUAGGAACUAUUACAAAUUGAUGGUCCUUGAAAAUAAAUAUCAGUGCUUGAGAAAGUACUUGAAUUUGACUUGCCACUGUCUAUACGAAUCCUGAUCUUGCCCAUUCACCCUCUGAAUGGCACACAUACACAAUCCAUGUCUCAAUUGUCUCAAGGCUUAAAAAUCCAUAUUUAACCUGUCUCCUCCCCUUCAUCUACACUGAUUUUGAAGUGGAUUUAACAAGUGACAUCACCUGGAUUCAACUGGUCAGUCUGUCAUGUUAUGUACAUUCAGUGUGUUAUCUGUGUAAACGCCUCACAGCAAGUCUGACCUCUGACUUAUGUUCAGCCCAAACUAAACCACAGACCUGCAAUAUCUCUUAGCUGUAAUGCCCACUUAGAACACUAAAAUACAUGUUCAAAGGCAAGUGACCUUUGAAUGUAUGAUGUUAAACUAUCACAUUACUAAUAUCAAAAUGAACUAUAUAAUUUCAGAAGGGUAAUUGGAUAUUGAUACAGACAUGUCGGCAGCCUGUAUCAACAACCCUUUAUAGUUCAGACAGUGAGGUAUUCAUUUGUAGCACUAUACAGCAGCCACAACAUUGUGGGAUCUUCUGCAGACCCUUGACUCAUUUACAAAAGCCACAUCAGAUGCGCAUGGCUUAGUACUAACGUUGUGACUGCUCUGGCUGCGUCUGUCUCUGUACUCCCUGCACCCUCCCCUCCUGGGCUGCGCUAACCAACCCCCCUCCAUCACCCCUUCACCUCUCCUCCACCUGCAGACUCUGCUUACCUCAUGUCGGGCUUCCAGCCGCUCGAGGCUGGGAAGAAGGGCACUGAGGACGAGUUUGACCCCAUCCCCGUGCUUAUCUCCAAAAACUCCAACAACCAAGGUAUGUAAGGCAGACCAGCAGAAUGUAGAUAGGGUUUGGAUCCACGUGUCUCGUUGAUCCACGCAUAUCUUCUGAAGACCAGAGUACUGUUCUGUAUGAGCUGUCUUCCUCAACCCAUAUAACCCCAAGGUGACCAUGAAUGAGCACAGCCAUCGCUGAGAAGACCCUAGCUAACACCUUAGUUAAUCACUUACACCUGAUGAGAGCACCCAUGGCUGGAUGUGCUGUAACAUUAGCUAGCCCUCAUCCUAGCAUGCUCUCACAUCAGUGGGUUUCUCUUAACUUUCUCUCAUUGACUUUUCAUUAGUUGAACGUUGUCAAUAAGAAUUGGCAGUUCCCAUCAAAGGAAGGUACCAUUCUGCAGUUGUUUUGUACAGUCUGUCAGAACAGAAGCACCAAAGGCAGAGCUUGAAGGAGUAGUUCUUCUAGAGGUUAGGACGACUUACAGUAUGUCCUCCCAGCACGCUUUCCCUGAAAGGCCGCGGCUGCAGAUAGAUAACCUCCGCUUACUUUCUGGAUCUUUCUCUUCUUCUCUUCCCCCUGUCCCUCAUUCACUCCUGUUUGCUCCUGUCAUUCUGACCUCUCUCCUCUCCGCUCUCUUUCACUGAUUCUCAAUUCUUUGCCACUAUAUGUUCUGUCUUCUGUUCUCUGUCAAAUACUCUCUUAAAAUAUUACUCUCUCUCCCGCUUGUUGGCCUUUCUCCCUCUUCUCUCUUCCUUGCUCCCUCCAUGUCCUCCUCUCUCUCGCUCUGUCUCGCUCUCUUUCUGGCACGUUUUAGGUGGUCACUCGCGCAGCAACAGUGGCAGUUCAGAGUCCAGCAUCCCCAACAUGGCCCGCUCCCUUCUGCUGGUGGAUCAGCUCAUCGACCUCUAGGGGGGUGGGAGAGAGAGGUCGAAGGGGCAGCGUGCAAUCGUAACACGUAGGGGAUGGAGAGGGGGCAGCAGAGGCACUUAUGUAGUACCUUGUGAGGUGAAAUGGAGGAACUUUAAUGUGGACUAGUGAGAACUUUCUCUGGUGUACCUCCUUGCCCCCGCCUUCAUCUCUUGCUUACCUGAUACAAUGGUUUCAAACCAUUCAUUCUGGCCGUUGGCAUUCCCAUGUUGGUAACAACAUUGCAUUAACCCCCCGCCCUGACACAUUGUCUGCUUCUGCCUUGGCUGCAAUAUAGUCAUUAUCAUACUUUCAUCCAUCUGUCGACAUUCCUCAUUGUCCUUCCAUGCAGAUUCAACCCCACCUUAUGCACAUACUGCCUGGCUUGCCCAUAACCCUAUUGUCUUUGCUGUGUUCUACAAUGUUUGAUCACUUAUACAAUCCACCCCUGGCAAAUGUAUUUGUCACAGGUCUGACCAUGUAACACAACAGUACCAUACUUCUAUCUCUCCUGGUUAUCUGUAUGCACUCUUCCUGUAGCAGCUAUGACCAUGUAGAGUCUAGAGAGCAAAGCAGUUGCCCUUUAGAAUAGCAUAUGCUGACUGAACUAUCCAGAGCUGCUUGCAUUGGGCAUACAGGGGGGACUAAUAAUGACAAUAAGCUGUCAGUCUUCUGCUGUGUGUUUAACUGUUAUCAAACUGCUGUGGUCCACUGCUGCCCCUUGGGAAUGUUUGGCUGUCUGUUGCAAAUGUUGCGGUUGCAAAUGUUGUAAGAUGUCUGUCAUUGUAAUCUCAAAAGCACUUGUGCAACAUGCACCGUUAUGGUAGACAUCUGAUCUCUCUACAGGCUGUCGCUAGCUACCCCCAACUGGCGCUGAUAUUCAGGUCUACUACAACAACCAUCUCCUUGACUGUGCAACCAUGUUUAUCUUGGCUGUGCUUUACGUAAGAGCUACAAUCUCAGUUUAUCUGAAGCUUUCCUGGGAUUAUUGUUCCUGUGCUGUGAAUUUCCUGUAGUCCUUUAAGAUUAUAUUGAGCUGGUGCAUCUUUUUCCUCUCACUAUGCCUCUAAGUAUAAGAAUUAUCUGGAAAGGUUGAUGCAAUCGUGGUAUUAUUCUAAAUGUAUGAUUCAUUUCAAUGCCCUUGUCAUUUGGUCAUAAUUUAAAACGGAUGCUCAACAACUUUCUCUCUUGGGCAGAAAGCAUGCUAAAUGGCUAUUGAUCAUGUUUAUUCCAAUAAGAGCUUUAUUGGUUUUAUUUGGGUUUGUUUGAUUCUAUCCUCGGCCCAAUGGCAAGGUUAACAGCUAUAAAUUCAGAGAAUGUGAGAUAGAAAUUAGUGCCAUAUUGAGCAUGGGUACUAGAGGAGAAUAAGACUCACAGGGUCAACAGAACAGUGCAAUGGUCAUAUCGUAUUGUGGUUGUUUAGUGAGAGUCAGCUGAUAUUUACCAGUGAGCCAGCAGAGCAAAGCAUAGUGAGAAGUAGGUGCAGCUUGUGUUUUGUCUGUCUGCUUGUGUUGUGCUGGCGUGGCUCUACAGUACAGGCAAUCAGUUUCUCUAUUUGUUCCAUGUGCCUCUGUUGCACAUGUUCAUAAUCAUUCAUAUCCACCUCCCGUUUGUCUACCCAUCCAUACCACUCAAACACACACACACACACCUUGAUGUUGCUUGCCUAUGAUAUAAUGUCCAACUCAAAUCUUGACAAAUAUCCAUUCCCCACCAACUCUGAUGUAUAGAAAACCACUGUUUCAAUGUCCUCAUUCUCCCUUUGCAAAGAAGUAGUUCAAGUACAUUUUAAGUGUUUAAUAUUUUUAAAAAGACAUGUCAUAUCACAGUAUGAAUAAAUGUGACUAUUGAUAGUACUAUAGAAUGAAUGUAUGAAGUGAGUCAAUAUGAAAUAUAUAACAUUCAUAACAAGUACAUAUAGGUGAAUGAAAAAAGUUUAUUUCUGUGUAUUAUUUAUGAAGCUGUAUUUAAGACUGCUAUCAUCGUGUCCCUCCUUUUUGUCCAAAGUAUUUUUGUCUAUCCUUGGUCGUGUGGAAGACUAUUUUAGCGUAGAGAAGCAACUAGCCCCAUGGUUUUAGCCAUCUUAAUGUGGUUGUGUUCUGAGGAUAGCAUUGUGCACUGUACCUCAUUGAGGUAUUAUCGUCACGCCUCAUCCCUGGUGUUCUAGUUUGAUUUUUUUUCUCUGAGCUGUAGUUUAUUUAAUAGCAUGAAGGGAAUAGAUUUCUUCCACCUCUUAGAGCCCUCCCUCCUCUGAAAACAGGGCUUAUGACGGAAGGGUCUUCCUGAUAUCUCUGUCCCUUAUUUUCCUCCUCACCCCUAAAUGCAUCACACAAGCGAUCUAGCCUACCUGCUUACAAGUUACAGUGCAAUUGGUCUCAUUUGCUGGAAACAGAAGCACCAUUUGUCUUGAUUCAUCUGUAUCAUCCUCCCAGCAAGCAUAAUCAGUGGAUGUGAUGCACUACAUUGUACCCUCCUGAGGCAUAUCAAAAUAAUACGAUACAAUAUUUCAGAAACUGAAAUGCAACCCAUAUAAGAACCCUCAAUGCCCCGAAGUGCAUUUAUUCAAUGUCAAAAAGUAUUGUUUCCAUACUUGGAAAAUAUACAAAGCAAAAAUAUACAUUUCCGUUGAUGUUACUGCUAGUGUAGCAUACUUGAAGUUAUUUUCUUUUAGAUCAAAAAUUGUUUUACCCCUCCUCACCAAACCAUAUAUUGUACAGUAAGUUUUAGAAAUUGGCCUGUGGAUUCUGAAGAGUGUAUGGCCUGUAUGGCCUGAUAAUCAGUAAACCUACUCUUGUUUUGUUUUUAUUCAUUUCCUCUCUGAUCUACUUGUUGUUCAGUCUUGUGCAGGUUUUAGUGUGGCUAACCUAUGCAAUUCUACAGUAGUGCUCAUAUUAUCAUUAGACACCACAGUGCUGUAUUCAGUAGAGGUCUAGCCUUGCCAGUAGAGUUUUAGUUGUGUUGCUGUGAAACGGAUGUACCUAGUGUGUUUGCUAGGGGAAACAGUGACAAGUAUAAUCUAUUUGAUUAUAUGAAAACUGUUGAAAUGAGCAAACAGCAAAUGUUAAUAUGUGAAAGCAAAGAGUUAUCUAGUGUGUACCUUAUAUUUUUAUGAAAUAAGAAGAAAAAAAUCAAAAAGAAAGGGACAUUAAAUAAACAUGUGAAUGUAACUUUAGUCUCCUUGGUGUCUUUUUCAGUUCACCUGUAGGAAAUGUAGUUCAAUAUAUAUGCUGGUGUUAUGAGAUGAUUGGAAGAGCAAGUAGCUAUAGGUACAGUAUGCAUCCUUUGGCUGAUUAACACAUCAGUCUGUUGCUUAGUCACACACCCACAUAAGUCACUUACCUAACAAUGCUCACAUUUCAGACAGCGAAUGCUGUCAGUCUGGCAGCUCAUAAAUGCGCUAAUAGCUUUCAGAAGCCUCCACGUUUUGCAACAAAAAUAAAUAAUUUUGCCCUAUUGAUCAAAACACAGUAUUAUCUCAUUGACGCUACAGUAUGGAAGUGCCCAAUCAUCCUAUUACACCUCGGUGCUCUCACAGUUAAGCAACUAACACACUGCACUCUUACAUGGGGUUGAGUGCUCUCACUGACUGUAGAACUCUCACACCUAGUUUCUUGCCUUUCAAUCCACUGGGAGGUUGAGUAGCUUAGAGCUACAGUUCCACCUCUUCUCUUACUCACAUCCUGCCCAGCUCUUUGCCCUCUGGCUGACUCUGAACUGUGCCCUACAAUGGCUGCUACUAACCCUCUUCCUCUGGAGCUGCCGGCUAACUCCUGCUACCUGCACUACCAAGGUAAGACUGCCCCUGUUUCUGCCCCCCCAAUCUCUGUCUGUCUGUCUGCUCCUGUGAGUCCUCUCACUCCUUGUUUCCACGGGUCCACUUGCUCCUUUAAGUCCCUAUAUCUUUAUAUAACUUACGAAUAACAACCAUAAAUCUGCCAGUAUUACGCGCUCUGAAAUGGUACAUGGAAUUGUUUUGUUGAGGUGUUGAGUGUAUCUGCUUAGAGGAUGUUGCAGGUGUUCUGAAAUCAAUUAGUGGAAACAAGGUAUUUUUUGUUGUUGUGGUGAUGGUGCUGAAUAGUCUUGUUUGUCACAUUGUGUCUGUUGUGUUUUUGAUGUAGUCGUGCUGGCUUUCUGCUGUUGGACCAUUGUGCUGUUGUUGCUGUUUCCAUGGUGUUUACUUGUUUGCAGUAGAGCUGUAGUACUUGUCAUCUUUGGGAUUGACUUAUUGAUGCUCCGUUAGACCAUAGGACCACAGACCGUAGUGUUCAAAGCUGCGAGAGGUUUCUCAAUGUCAACUCAAUUGAUGUAUAAAUAUAAGUAUUGAUGUAUUAUCUCCGUUUAUACAUCUUAAGUCUUAUCCUUUACUUUGUGUCUUCUCUCCUCUGCAGAGCUGAAAGGGGUGAGUAAUGGCUACGCUGUGCUGGACGAGGGGGGUUCAGAACUUGAGCUGCCUGGAGAAGGCCACAGAGCAGACGAGUGCUGUUUCCACUCCAGCGAUGAGGAGGAGGAUGAGGAAGAGGAAGAUGAGAGAGUAAAGGAGGAGCAGGGCAGGAGGGCCAGUGAGAGUGAUGAGGUGGUCCAUGACUGCAGUGGCUCCAGACCUUUGCUGCUGGAUUCAGAUGAAGAUGAGGAGCAAGGGUCUGAAUUACCCCUCCCAUCCUCCCAGCCGUCCCUAUCACACCCACAACUCUCCACUUCCUCCCACCAACCUACCCCAUCCCUCCAUGCCCCAUCCCAGAAUCAUUCCCGCCAGAUGCCCCAGCAAACUUGGGUGGUUGAGGUUGUCCCUGAUGUCUUCUCCAAAGCCCCCUUCAGGAUUGGACAAGAGGAGGCAGGUGAUGUGUUCGCAAAUGCCCCCUUCCCACGUCCCCCCGUUGUGGCUCAACAGCAUCCAGAUGUUUUCCUGCAGGCCCCCUUUGUGAAGCCCAAGACCCAGCACCCUCACCCAGCUGUGGUACACCCUGUGGCCCCUGAACCAGCCCUCUUGAGCCAGGUGGCCCCGCAGCCUUUCCGCCCACAGGCCCUGGCCAAGUACUCCCGACACUUUGACGGCCCCUUGCCUCAGCAACCUGUGACAGCUCAGAGGGUGGUGUCCAAUGUGAGCAGGCAGGCUACUGUGGGCUCAGUACCUGUGGGACCCUUACACUCCUGGACUUCAGAGGUGAGCUCCGUAGACCCCUUUGUCUCUGCGCCCUUUCACGUCAAGGCCCCACAAGAAAAGCCCUGA